AAACAAAAACUAUACCUAAUACCUUCUAACUUAACUAUAGUAAACCCAGAGAUUUAAGGUCAUCUAUUGAGAUAAAUAUUUUCAAUCACACUAAUUGUGAAACUGCAAACCUCACAAGGCCACUAUUGGGUUAAGGAAACUGAUAAUAAUAGCCCAACUAGACGAAUUAAUUCUUAGGAGCUAGGUAUAUCCCCUUUUAUAGUUUUUGUUAAAAUCCUCUUUAUAGUCUCCAAUAAGUCAAAUUAAUUGCCAUGUAUUUAGCUAUUGAGCCUACAAAUAUAUGUGCAUUGUAGAAUACGUAUAUAUUUAGACAAUUUUGAUUUGUUAGUGAGAUUUACAAGAUUAUAGGAUCACCACAUGACCAUUUCUUCAAGCUCCAAAUAUAAACAUUGCUCAACAAAAACACACCAAAAAUCUCUUUCUCUCCCUCCCUCUUUUCUAUAGUCAUCAUAGAAUUCUAAUCCAAUCUAACGGUUGAAAUUGUGUAAGAUCUUAUUAGAUCAACAAGAACAUUGUUUUCUUUGGUUAGAGGAAAGAAAAUUAAGAUGGUUUUGGAAGAUGAGAAGAAGAAAGGAGAAGCGUCAGGAGAGACAUCAGAGAAAAUUGGGUUAAGCAGAAAGAACAGUGAGAGCUCUUUGUCUCCAACAGAGGAUGAUGAAGAAGAUGAUGACAAGAAGCUCGAACUCGGUCCCAUGAUCGCUCUCAAAGAACAACUCGAAAAAGACAAGGAUGAUGAAAGCCUGAGGAGAUGGAAGGAACAGCUUCUUGGCGUUGUGGAUUUGGAGGAUGUCGGAGAGACACCGGAUCCAGUAGUAAAGAUACUAGAUCUCACAAUUAGAUCACCGGACAGAGAGGAAAUGGUAUUGACAAUACCCGAUGAUGGGUUACCAAACCCGAAAGGCCCUUGGUUUACGAUUAAGGAAGGUUCUAAAUACACACUUGUCUUCAACUUCCGUGUCACAAACAAUAUCGUUUCGGGCCUUCGCUAUAACAAUACCGUAUGGAAAACUGGUGUUAAAGUGGAUAGUACGAAAGCAAUGCUUGGGACGUUUAGUCCUCAAGCUGAGCCUUACCAACAUGUAAUGCCUGAAGAAAUGACACCGUCUGGUAUGUUUGCUAGAGGAUCCUAUUCCGCAAGAACUAAGUUUGUCGAUGACGAUAACAAAUGCUACUUGGAGAUCAACUACACCUUUGACAUCCGCAAGAGUUGGCAAUGAUCCACCGUAUAUACAUUCUCCAAAGUCUAAACCAAAGCUCAUUUGAAUAUUUGAUAAUAUAUACUAUAUUUUUAUCAAUCUUCAUUCGAUUUUGUGGACUAGAAAAUUGAUUUAGCUUUUGAUUAAAUGAGCAUAACUAAAUAAGAGACCGUUUGUGUAUU